AAGAAAGGGAGGAAGAAAAAAAAGAGGAAGGGAGGGGGAGAAAGAGGAGGGAAAGAGAAGGAGGGAGUUGUGGGAUGCCAAGGUCCAGCACUAACUGUUUUGUCUUGUGUUUUUGUCACUUUUCUAUUUCAUCUUCUCAAGGACAUAAAAAUCCUUCUUGAUGGAAAACAGAAAUGACCAUUUAUCCAGCUUCCUUGUGAGAAACCCCUCACUGAGCACUUUAACUGACCCAUUGGAUUUAUUGAAGUCUGACCUCACGUGCUCCAUCUGUUUGGAGUUGUUCCGGGAUCCUGUCUCCAUUGAAUGUGGCCACAACUUCUGUGCUCAGUGUAUCACCUGUCAUUGGGACUCGGGUGUUCCAGGUUCCCAACCACCUCACUGCCCUGAGUGCCGUAGAAGGUGUGACAGGAGUCAGCUAGUUCCAGACACUCGACUCCGGAGUCUGUUGGAGAAAAUGAACUCCCUUCAACAGAGGACAAACCCAAACCAGAACCCCUAUGAUGUUUCCAAUGUAGAGGCAAAACCUCUGCAGUUGGUUCAAGUUAACUCCACAAAGGAUUUCACCCUCAAUCUAGAUGUUCUGUCUCAGUGUCUGAAUCACCCUCAAGUCAGGAAUACUAAAAUCUGUGUCACCUCUGUCGUGGGGGAGCAAAGAACAGGAAAGUCUUUCCUUCUCAACUAUCUAAUCCAAGGAUUGCAGAGUCUGUCCAAGGAUCCCCAGAGGAUAAAAGAAGGAAGAGCUCUUCAGGGGUUCCAGUGUGAACCAGGAGCCCAAAGUGUCACCAAGGGCCUGUGGAUAUGGAGCCAGCCAUUUAUUCUGAAGAAGAAGGGGAAAGAGGUGGCUGUAUUUCUUGUGGACACAGAAGGGACCAUAAGUCUAGAAACAGACAAGGAAACAAAUGCCAAACUCAUUGCUCUCACCAUGCUGCUCAGCUCCUUUCAGAUUCUCAAUGUCUCUCGGAUGCUGAAGGAAACAGAUUUGGAACAUCUGGAGAUGUUCCUCCACAUUGCUGAAGAAAUAGGAGAAUAUUUUGAGAUGAAACCAAUACAGCAUCUGGAUCUCUUAGUUCGGGACUGGUUUUAUCCAGCAACGUUUGGAGAGGAAGCAGGCCAAGCACACAUGAAUGAUGUGAUCCAGAAAAUCUCUGACAAAUAUCCCAGGAUUCAGAAGGCAUUUAGGAGUAAACAAAUCCACUGCUACCUCUUGCCAUUUCCUGGGAAAAAAGUGGCAUGCAAUGGCAAUGCAAAUCCAGAAGACAUGGACCCAGAUUUCUAUGAGCAUCUACAUGCCUACAUCACAGAUGUUUGCAGUUCAGCUAUCCAGAAUGUGGCAUUUGAGAAUUUUCUCACUGGUGGAGAAUUAGCUGAGAAGAUCUCGACACUCUCUGACCUGGUAAAGAAGAAAGAAUUUGGAUUCUCUUCCUCGCUUGUUUCGAUGGCUACUGACCUCCACAAUGUGAAGAGGAUUAAAGAUGCUACAAAAGAUUUGGAGGACUUCAUAAAGGAACAGGAUUCUUCCACAAAGGUCAUGUUUGGUGCUGUGAGGAUUCUUCCUAAAGACAUGUGGAAACGCCUCUCAACUAAGAAAGAUCUUGUCUUGAAUAAUCUCAGAAUGACUUUGAAGGGCCCAGGGAAGAGCCAACUUAUGGACAGUUUUGAGAAAGAGAUUCAGAAAAAAGCUAAGGAUUUUCAGGAUACCUACAAAAAGCGUUUCUGUGGUCAGGCUUCUGCCCUGGGUGGACUUGUGGGAGCUGGCGCCCUGGCUUUGGCUGGUGGUAUAGUGGGAAUUGGUGUGGCAGCUGCUGUUUUUACUGCUGAGACUGUAGCUUUGGCCACAGGGGCCACUGUGGGUGCCACAGUGAUUGGAGGUGGUAUGGGAGCUGGCAUUGGGGCUGCUGUGGGUAAAGCCAAAGGUCGGGAAACAGUUCCUGAAGAGGAAGAGAAAAUGCCCCUUUUCAAGGAUGAUGAAUGAAUCCUAGAAACCAGGUAGAAGGAAAGAGAAGGGGACAAAGAGCAAUGAAGUAUGGCUUCUUUUGGGUUACCAAAUCUGUUUUAUUCAACAGGGUUAGAGGUCUAAAACAGUGUCUAGACUACUCUUGGAUAUUUGACCCACAAGGUAGGAGGUAGGCCCAGAUUUACUGAUUUACUUUGGUAGAAAAAAUCAGCACUUAGGUCUCAUAGAACAUUGUAUAGUAGGAAAAUCUUGAACCCCUAAAGACUGCACUGCCCAGUUCCUUUUUGUAUUACCUAGAAUGCUUUUCCUUUUGUUUAUAUUUGUGUACUCACGUUUGUAUAAGUUCUGAGGCUGUGCCUCAUUCUGUCUCUUUUUGCUCUGGUGAGCAGGCUGAAAUAGCUAGAUCUCUUACGUUAGUUAUUAUUAAUAAAAUGUUAUUAAAUAUAAUAUUUAGUGAUUGGAUAUUAAUUUUAAAAUCCACAU